AUGAACAUUGGAAGGCUGAAUACCAACGGGGAUGCCCGAAUGUGGUGGAAGAAGGUCUGGAAACUGACUGGAAAGAAGAAACCUUCUAUCAAUCUCAGUGAGCAGGGAUCAGACUCCAAACUCGAAGAUAGUGAUGCUGCAAAUAUGAUUAAUACGUUUUUUGCAGAUCUAACAAAUGAUUUCCCAGAAAUUCAAUCCAGAUGGUCAUUGUACGGUCAUUCAGAUGUCUUGCCGACUGUUACACCCGAAAGCGUUGCGAAAAAGCUUUUGUCCAUUCAGUCUCACAAAGCUCCCGGUCCAAACGACCCCUACCUCAAGAUAAUCAAAAUGUUUGCGCAUUCUUUUGCCAUCCCAUUAGCAAACAUUUUUAAUGCAUCAUUUGGGCAGAAGGUGUUUCCAAAACUGUGGAAAGAGUUCCGCCUAGCACCUAUACCAAAAGUGGAACCGUGCACGAAUCUGGAUGAAAUAAGACCAAUAGCUCUCACUAGCACAAUUUCAAAAAUACAGGAGUCUUACGUGGUUGAUUGGAUGUAUGACGAUAUUGAGUCUAAAAUUUGUAAGGAACAGUAUGGUGGUGUCCCACGCUCGUCAGCAGUUCUUGCGCUCGUUCACCUUCUACACAAAUGGAAUAAAGCGUUGGACUUAUCACAACGAGUAAUACGAAUUGUGUUUUUGGACUUUCGCAAGGCAUUUGAUCUUAUUGAUCACAACCUGCUAUUAGACAACUGUUGUAAAAUUGGAGUCAGACCGGGGCUUAUUGGCUGGUUGGGGUCAUAUCUGAGUAAGAGGAUGCAAGUCACAAGAUUUGGUAACGAACUUUCUACAAGAUGCAUGAUUAAUGGGGGAGUUCCCCAAGGUAGUCGUAUUGGUCCAAUCGCGUUCGUCGUUCACAUUAACGGACUGAAGGCAGUGAUAAAAGAUACCGAGAGCAGUUUGACUAAUUCAAGCAAUGAUGAUAAUGAUGAUGGUGAUGAUGACCUCACUCUUUUCAUGGAUGAUACAACAUUGUCAGAGGUUAUUAACGUCCGUGAUCAUGUCUCGGGUACGCAAGUUGGGAAUAUGAACAAUAAUAUUAUGAAAGUUAUGGAUUUUGCCACGUCUCAAAAAAUGGAGUUGAACCUGAAAAAAUGUAAGGAAAUGCAGUUAGAUUUCCGUCAGAACAAAACAGUUAUUCCACCACUAACAUUCAAUGAUACAACGUUGGAAAGGGUUUCAACUUUCAAACUAUUGGGCUUAUGGAUUGACGAUAAUUUAAAGUGGCAAACUAAUACUGAUUAUAUAAUAGGGAAAGCAGUUAAGCGACUCUUUUUAUUAAAAACUUUAAAGAAAUACGGUGCUGACAAGAUUGAUAUGAAACGGUUUUACAUCUCUGCCAUCAGGCCGACACUUGAAUAUGGAGCGCAAGUCUGGCAUGGGGGCCUUACUAAAGCACAGAGCAGCAGUAUUGAGAAAGUACAAAGAAGGGCUUUGAGAAUAAUUUAUUCCGAAAAAGAUUACGAAAAGUUAUUGUUGAAAGCUGGAAUGCAUACGCUUGAACAACGUUGCAAUACUAUGUGCAUUGAUCUUAUCAGUAAAAUGUCUGACCCGCAACACAAACUGCACCAUCUUCUUUCUAAUAAACUUUGCAAGGUACGGCAAAGGGUUACACGUCAGAAUGGUCAAUUGUUUUACAAUUACCACUACAGAACAGAACGUUUUCGGAACAGUCCAAUCGUUUCGUCAAUUGAACUCUAUAAUAACUCUAUUUUAUAAUAUAAUAUAUAAUAUAACUUUAUAUAUUUUUAUCGAAACAUUUUUAACACGUAGUGAUAGUUUUUGGAUCAGUCCAUUUGUUUCGCCAUUUGAACCUUUGUUAAUAACUCUCUUUUUUUAAUAUAAAUAUCUCAUUUGAAACUUUUAUAAUACCUAAUGUAGAUAGUUCAGUAAUUAAUGUAUAUUUUCUAUAUAUAUGUAAUGCGCGUUCUAAUUUAGUUACUUACUGUAGCUAUUCAAUGUGUAAUCCUUCUAUAAUAAUAAUAAUAAAUGCUAGAAGUAUAGUUAACAAAGUAAACAAGCUGGAAAUAGCUAAUGGUUCUUACGAUAUUAUUGUUUUAACCGAGACGCACCUGGACAGUAGCAUCGGUGAUGCAGAGAUAUUUCCUGAUAAUUAUACGGUGUUUAGGCGUGACAGAAAUAUAAAUGGACGUCAUGGUGGUGGGGUCCUAUAAUUGCGGCAUUGAACUCGAUCAAUGUUUAUCCCAGAGAUGAUCUUUACUGUAGCUCAGAGCUGACGUUUGUUGAGAUUGUAUUUUCGAAUAAUCGGAGAACUACGUUAGGAGUUUUCUAUAGGCCACCAGAUUCAAACACCGAACCACUAAUUGAUCUUAGAACUGAUCUGGACAAACUGUCUACGUCUGACCUUGUGCUUUUAGGGGAUUUUAACCUGCCUGAUUUUCCAUGGUCGAGCAAUACUGCUUUAAGUAACUCUGAAAAUUAUUCAAUAUUAAUGAAUAUCAUUCAGGACAAUUUUCUAACUCAGUUGGUUACUGAACCCACGAGGGAACAUAAUAUACUUGUUCUUGUUCCAUCAACUUCAUCUGAUUGCAUAAAAAAACCUAUCAGUCGGUGAAAAGUUUUCAGACCAUAAUAUGAUUACCUUUUUAUUAACUGGACAACCAUAUGUCCAGCUUAAAUCCAAAAAAUUUGUUUAUUGUUACAAAAAAGCUGAUUGGUUACAACUGAAAUUAACGUUGUCUCAAAUUCCAUGGAACUUAGCAUUUCUCGAAGAGAGUAUUGAUGAGAAUUGGAAUUCAUGGAAAGAUAUGUUUUUUGCAGCACUAGAUGAAUGCAUCCCGAAAACAAAAGGGGAAAAAAGACAAAAUGCGCCGUGGAUUAAUAAAGAGCUAAUAUCUCUAUGUAGGAAGAAGAUUCUACUUUAUAAAAAAGCAAAACGGAUCCGAAAUGAAAGUACCUGGAUUCAUUAUCGUCAAAUGAAUAACAAUUUGAAAAGGAAGUGCAAUGAAGCUCGGUGGAGGUAUAUAACCGAUUUAGCUCAAGAUUUGACAGACAAUAACAAUCCCAAACCAUUUUGGAACUUUGUGACAUCCAAGUGUAAAGGAACAAAUAAAUUGAUAUCCCUGAAAGUUGGAGAAUCUGUUUUCACUGACGACCAAGGUAUUGCAGAUAGCAUGAACUCGUAUUUUUCUUCUGUUUUUACAGUUGAAAAUUAUGAUAAUAUCCCAGUGCUUGACUAUAUUGUGGACGAGAGAUUAGAGAACAUCCGUUGUUCUGUUGACGAAGUAGGGAAGCUUCUUCUAAAUUUUAAGGUGGAGAAGUCCCCUGGACCUGAUAAUAUCCCUGAACGUAUUCUAAAGGUAUGUGUAACAGAGCUGGCACCUUCAAUCUCACUUUUGCUAAAUAAGUCAUUCUCGAUGGGCAUGCUACCUACAGAGUGGAAAACUGCCAACAUUACGCCGAUUUUUUAA